CGAGACCAGAAAUCUGCCCACCUCCGGGACACGAAGAGCUGCAGUGCUGCAACAGACUGGUGACUAGAGCUGCUAAUCCACUUCUGGACGUGCUGAGCAAUGAUACCACACUGAGAAAGAAGCGGGGAAUACAUCUGGUAGUGAUUAAAUGUGAGUAUAAAGGAGAGAUGAAGUGUGCUUGGACAGCAGAAAGCAGCAGGAUGAAGAGUAGUGUGCAGCUAGGGCUGUUGUGUCUCAGCCUGCUCAUCUCCUGUCUUCAUGGAGGAGAAGAAGAAGUCAAGCCAGAUUCGAGCAUGCAAAUCGGAAUCAGCUUUGAUGAACCAGAUCUUCAUCAGUUUAAGAUGUACAGAGCACGAAGACAGACGGUCUCCGCAGAGGAGGAAAAUACAGCUGAAAUACAGACAGCAGCUUUUGUGCCACCAAGCGACAAAAAGCAAAAGAAGAAAAGCAGGAAAAACAAAGGGAAAAAACAUACCGGAAGUAUGAGUGUUUUAGCAAGCACUGGAUUUAUCCAGGACCCCCAUCUGACUGACAUAGCCAAAAGGGAUACGGGAGGAAAAAGACCCUUUCCAGAAAGUUAAUGCAUUGUACUCGUUCAAGGCUCCUUCUGAGAUUACCUGAAUCAGGAAAAAUUGGAAUUGCAUAUAAAUACAUCACCAUGUUUCAUAAAGAGUGUAUCGGACUCAGGUUAUGCAUGUGACAAUCAUUUAUAUUUCUAUAGCCUUUCUUUUCCAGGUCUGUUUUGGUUAACUAAUAACCUCUAUGGAAAAUCAAAUGAAUUUAAUUUACUGAAUUCAACCCGUGUGUAAUUCUUAUUGGCAUCACUAGGGGGCAAUAUUAACACAAGCGAUAAGCCCGCGAACCAGCUUGGCUUCUGUUAAAACAAAAUGUUUGAUAUCUGUUUAUCUUCAUCUCUUAAUUACAAUAAAGCAUUUGUGUUUAAAAAAUCACUCUUUUAUUGUGUGGAGCCAGUGCAAAACACUGUAGAUUUCUAUAUGUAGGCUUAUAAAGUUUUGGCUGUACUGCCUUUUUUUUGUGAAGGAACUGUUGAUAUUGUCAAGCUUAAACAGUGUGUGUUGAUAAAUUAUGUGGGAUAUAAACUGCACAACUAUUAGUCGUCUUUCGUAUUUGAGUAGUUCUGCCCCAGUUUAUUGUGCCAGAAAUGUUGCUGGCCUGAAAAGGCAUACAAAAUAGUAGGCCUAUGUUUUGUGCCAGGAAUCUGUAAACACAUUAGUGGUCCAAAGUAAAAAGAAAAGCAACACCCCUUCCUCCUUAUCUGCAUAAUCCUUGAUAAUAACAUAAAACUAUUUGUACGUUUCACUUUGUUGUUUUUUUAAGCAUCUAAAAUGUUCUGGAACAUUUUGUUUGAGAUCACACAAGCCUAGUACCAUUGCCUUCACACUGAGACCCUAAAAGUAACCACAAGUAACCUUGCAAAAACAAUUUGCACUUGCACAGGUAUGUACAAUGUAAGUAGUGCAGUUGACUACAAAGUGAACAGCAAUUUUUCUAAAAUAAAAAAUUUGCAGCUCAAUCACAGACCAUAUAACACGUAACAUAUAACAACAUAACAUAACAUAUAACAUAAAACCAUAUUUAUUUAUACAUAUAUAACCUGGCUUCAAUUAAAUAUGUUGUGGUUGUGCAUUAUAUUUAUCUUAUGUGCUCUCUGAUAAUCUUUUUUUUAAAGGGCAUGUUUGUAGACUCUUGCUGGAACCACAGAUGAGAAAAGAUAUGUUCACAGUAAGUUUAGGUGUGGGAGCAACACUCUGCAUGCAUGAGUCACAGUAAACAGACUCUGUUCUCACAGGAAGAGCAGACAGAAACAAUCUACUCUGCCUUCAUGUAAAACCCCGAAUCUUUCAAGAGCUUUAGAAGAACAAUGGAUACCUCAGAGGAACACCAUUACGACUACCCCGAGUAUGAAAACAACAGCUUCAACUUCAGCUACGAUGACUAUCAGACCAUCUGUGAGAAGGGUGACGUGCGCUCCUUUGCGAGGAUCUUCCUCCCAGCUGUUUUUGCGUUAUGUCUUGUGAUUGGAUUAGCAGGCAAUGCUCUGGUUGUGGCGGUGUAUGCAUACUGCAAGCAACUGAAAACGAUGACUGACACAUUUAUACUUCACCUGGCUGUGGCAGACCUUUUGCUGCUCCUAACGCUGCCCUUCUGGGCUGCCGAUGCCGUCCACGGGUGGAAACUCGGGGUCACUGUCUGUAAACUCGUGUCUGCCCUAUACACCAUCAACUUCACCUGCAGCAUGAUGCUGCUGGCCCACAUCAGCAUGGAUCGGUACUUGGCUUUGACACCAGGAGCCAGAAACAAAGGCAUUAUGCGUGUUUUUCAAAAGAAGCAUUGUGUAAAACUCUGUUUGGUGGUCUGGACAACUGCGUUUUUUCUUGGCAUCCCUGAUUUGGUGUUGUCAACAGUCAGAGAGCUUCCUCAUAAAAAAAGCUGCAUUGCAAUGUAUCAAUCUGACAUGGCGCUCAGGGCUAAAGCUAGUUUGGAAGUGGUGGAGAUCAUUAUAGGCUUCCUGCUACCUUUAUUAGUGAUGUUGUUCUGCUACACCUGUGUAGGUCGAGCCCUACUGAAGCUCCCUCAGGAGAGGAGGUGGAGGAAGUGGAGGUCCAUCCGUGUGCUGUUGGCGAUGGUGGGAGUCUUUGUGGUCACGCAGUUGCCCUAUAAUGUGGUCAAGUUCUGCCGGGCCAUGGACAUCAUGUACAUGUUUGUGACUCACUGCGGGGUUAGUAAGGGGCUGGACAAGGCUACUCAGGUCACAGAGAGUCUGGCAUUGACACACUGCUGCCUAAAUCCUGUUCUGUACACUUUUGUCGGUUCCUCCUUCAGAACACAUGUAUUAAAGAGUGCCAAAGACUUUGGAGAUAGGGGGAGGAGGUUGGCACGUACGAGAGAACAACAAGAAGUGGAUAUCUCCUUGAAUUCUCAUUCCCAAGAGACCAGCACUUUUUCCAUUUGAGCAAACUGAAGAGUAGAUGUUUACUAGGGUGGAGCUUUGCACCAACUGCUCCUUUGCAAAAUAUGUACACACUGACAGGGAAAAAUUUGUGAAAACAUAAGGCAGUAUUUUGACCAAAAUUCUAGCCUAAGUAAAGGCUGAGUUGCAAGAUGUCGAUAGUUGGGUUUAUACAAAAUGAACAGGAAAUGAACAAACCCGCGGAGGGAUACGAGAGAUACGAAAAUAGAGCCGGACUACUAGCGGACUGAUGGCGAGUUCAAGUCCUCCUUUGUGAGCUGAUGCAUUCAAAUGACCUUGGUCGAAGCAUGGUGUAUUUUUUUCCCCUUAAUAUUCAACAAGAUUUUUAACUCUACUUCUACAAAAUUAUGAAUAAAGAAGACUUUCCACUCGUACGGUAAUUAUGACUUUGUGUGUGACUUUGUGAUCAUGUCCAACUAAUAAAUACGCCCUUUCCCACA